CUCGUUUCUCCGUUGGUUUCUUUGGAGGUAACGGAAGAGCCAAAACGAGGCGGAUGGCGUCGACGACGACUGUGGAGCUCCUCCUCCUCGUCCUCCUCUUCCUCCUUCUCACGGCUGCCGCCCCCGGCUUCUCCUCUUCCCCCGAACUCUCUUCCUCCCCUCGGUCCUUCCAUCGCCGCCAUGGCUCCCCGUUCUUGGGACAGGCACCCAAUGAUCGGAGGUUUCAGAUUUCAGAUGACAUGUUUUGGAAAGAUGAUCGCCCUUUCCGCAUCAUCGGCGGUGAUGUGCACUACUUCCGUGUUCUUCCGCAGUACUGGCGAGAUAGACUCUUACGAGCAAAAGCUCUUGGCCUGAAUACGAUCCAGACUUAUGUUCCUUGGAAUUUGCAUGAACCAGAGCCAAACAAAUGGGUAUUUGAGGGUAUUGCGGACAUUGAAGCCUAUUUAAAGCUUGCCCAGGAAUUAGGAUUUCUUGUUAUGCUUCGAGCUGGGCCAUAUAUAUGUGCAGAAUGGGACUUGGGAGGUUUCCCUGCCUGGUUACUUGCGAUAGAACCACCGCUUAAACUCAGAUCAUCAGACAUGACAUUUCUUCAUUAUGUUGAAAGAUGGUGGGCCGUCUUUCUUCCAAGAAUAGCUCCACUAUUGUAUCAAAAUGGAGGCCCCAUCAUUAUGGUUCAGGUUGAAAAUGAGUUUGGAUCAUAUGGGGAUGACAAAGCAUAUCUACAUCAUCUAGUUACUUUGGCUAGAAAGCACCUCGGGCAUGACAUUAUUCUGUAUACUACAGAUGGAGGUUCUAGAGAAACUCUGGACAAGGGAACAAUUCCUGGAGAGGGUGUUUUCUCAGCUGUUGAUUUUUCAACUGGUGAGGAUCCAUGGCCUAUAUUUGAGUUGCAGAAGAAGUAUAAUGCCCCAGGACAAUCACCACCUCUCUCAGCAGAAUUCUAUACAGGUUGGCUUACACAUUGGGGUGAGCAGAAUACAGAAACUGAUGCCAAUCGCACAGCUGCAGCUCUAGAAAAUAUUUUAUCUCGAAAUGGCUCUGCCGUGCUCUAUAUGGCUCAUGGUGGAACCAAUUUUGGAUUUUACAGUGGUGCAAACACCGGGCAAAAUGAAUCUGAUUACAAGGCUGACCUUACAUCUUAUGAUUAUGAUGCUCCAAUCAAGGAGUCUGGUGAUGUGGAUAAUCUGAAAUAUAAAGCAUUAAGAAGAGUUAUUCAAGAAUAUAGUGGAGUAGUUCUUUCUCUACCUCCUCCUGAUAAUGGAAAAAAGGGAUAUGGCUUGGUUACUGUCCGUAAGAUUGCAUCCUUUUUUGAGGUCCUUGAUGGCAUGAUUAACCCAAGGACUGCUGUUGAAAGUGAACAACCUAUGGCAAUGGAAUCAGUUGGCCAGAUGUUUGGGUUUCUGCUGUAUGUUUCUGAAUUACCUAUAAUGGGAACGAGUAGCAUUUUAAAGAUUCAGAAGGUGCAUGAUAGAGCCCAAGUUUUUGUUUCAUGCACAAUGGAUAAGAAUGGAGGUAGUCCUAGACAUGUUGGUGUGAUUGAAAGAUGGUCAAAUAGGGAACUUGUGAUUCCCAAAGUUUCUUGUUCUUCUAAUAUCAGCUUAUUUAUUCUGGUGGAAAAUUUGGGCCGUGUUAAUUAUGGAAAGUACAUCUUUGAUAGAAAGGGAAUACUCUCUAAUGUUACCGUUGAUGGAGCCGUCAUUCUUGGGUGGAAGAUGUAUCCAAUUUCACUGGACAUAUGUAGCAAACUUUUCAAUGUCAACCCAAUCAAGCAAGUUUCUAUUUCUAGGACAGAGAAGAUUUCAGCAGAACCAGGAUUUUACGAGGGCCGUUUCUACAUUGAUUCGAUUGAACAAGUUAAAGAUACAUUUAUAUCUUUUCGUGGUUGGAACAAAGGGAUUGCUUUUGUAAACAAUUUUAAUAUUGGAAGAUUCUGGCCGUUGUUUGGACCCCAAUGCACGCUUUAUGUGCCUGCACCUAUACUUCGGCAAGGAGAAAAUGUUGUGGUCAUUUUAGAGUUACAUGCGCCAAAUCCUGGUCUCACAAUCAACUUGGUGAAGAAGCCAGAUUUCACUUGCGGAUCAAAGCAAUACCAGAAGUGAUAUGACCUUUUGAAUAUUAUUGGAUGAUUUUUGAAUAAUAUGAUAUGCUGACUGGUUUCAA